ACAACAUCGUAAAAUCUUCUCGAUAUGCAUUAAUAACGGCAAAUACCCGACCCUCCCUGUCAAGUUCGCGUUGCACACAUCAUUCAUUCCCAACGCGGUAGGUAUGUAUGUAGAUGCCGGGGCUUUUUAUGUUGAGACUUAACCCACAUUGCUUUUGUGCGACAUCACGCUCCGCAUUCCCAUGUUCGACGUAGUGCCACGGCGCGCCUGGUGGAGGGGAAUGCCGGCCUCACGCGUCAUGCGCCGCCGCCAACUGACUCUCAUCGGCCUGGUCGUCUUCCUUACCGUCUGCGGAUACACCGGCUUCCGGAUACCGCCACCGCUAAAAAUCACAUUGACCAACGGGCCACAUGCUAGGGCAGGCGACAGACAUGAGCAUGAGGCGUACUUUGCCAGCGAAGAUGAAGUGGCCCAGCAGCGGCAGGAGCCUCUUGAUAAGCGACCGAAGGCUGCCCCCGGCUCUGGUUCGCAUCCUAUCUGGAAUCUCAUUGCAGACGCCGAGCGAACCUUCGAGGAAGUAAGGGCCCGGCAGUCCAAAACGCUCCGCGAGGCCGUCGCUGAGUACCAACGCCGUUACGGUUUCCCUCCUCCGCCGCAUUUCGACAAGUGGUACGAGUUCGCGAAGUCCAACAAAGUCCAAUUAAUCGAUGAGUUCGACAUGAUCCACGACAUGAUUACACCCUUUUGGGGAUUGAAACCCCAGACCAUCCGCGCCAGGGCCCAGGAGGCACUCGGCCGCCCAAACUUUCUCAUGGCCUUGUUGAUCCGCGACCACGAGAUAACACACGUCGAAGGGGCGCUCGAUUGGCAGAAAGAAGCCACAAGCGGCAUGAUCAACAAAUUCAUCCAAUACCUGCCUAGUAUGGACCUGGCAUUCAACGUACAUGACGAGCCUCGGGUGGUGGUGCCGCACGACGACUUGUCUCGCUUAGUCGAUAUCGCCAAGAACCACAACAUGCCCAGGCUCAAUGCUGCCAAGGGCCUCCAAAACGGCUUCACGGAAAACCCAAAGGGACUCAGCGCUGGCCGCAGUACCGACGACAUCAAACGUACCCGCUUCAACGUGUUUCCUCACCAGCCAGUCUGGAGCAACUCGCGCAUGUCCUGCCCAGCCGACAGCCCCGCCCGCGCCCUCGAAGACGACGAACGGUACGACGACGCAUCGAAAUACGGAGUCAGCGAGCUCGGUUUUGUCUACAACGUUACCGCCAUGUCCGACAUCUGCCUCUCGCCUAGUCUCGCCGAUACGUACGGCUUCUUCGACAGCCCCAACGCCUACAACGUGGCUCACGACCUAUUCCCUAUAUUCUCGCAGUCGAAGAUCUCGUCCUACCAGGACCUGGUGUACCCCUCUCCGUGGUACUGGGCGGAAAAAGUCGAGUACGACCAAGGGCGCGACAAGCCUUGGAGAGAAAAAGAGGACCGGCUGUACUGGCGGGGUUCCACCACGGGCGGAUAUAGCCGCAUGGGGGGAUGGCGGAGGCACCACCGUCAGAACUUCGUGCGGAAGAUCACCUCGAACGGGCUGGCCAAGAUCUACGUCAACGAGGGCGACCAGCGCCAUCCCAACUGGACCGUCCGGGAGGUGCCCCGUGGGGAGUAUAGAGACGCCAUCGACAUCCACUUCAGCUAUAUCGGGCAGUGCGACCAGGGAGACUGCGACGCACAGAUCGAAUUCUUCCCUCUCGAGGAGCACGCGGACCAGCAGGACGCCUGGAAUUACAAGCACCUGCUCGACAUGGACGGCAACGCCUUCUCGGGCCGCUUCUACGCCUUCCUGCGCUCGCACAGCCUGACUUUCAAGUACGCCAUCUUCCGCGAGUGGCACUUCGAUUGGCUCCGGCCCUGGGUGCACUACGUCCCUCUCAGCAUGCGCGGGGACGACUGGCUCGAGGCGGUGCGGUUCUUCAGCAAUGACGGACCGGGAAGUCGCGAGGCCGAGAAGAUUGCCGAGGCCGGCCGGGAAUGGGCUGGCAAGGUGUUGAGGAAGGAGGAUAUGGAGGCUUGGCUCUUCAGGCUCUUGUUGGAGUGAGUUGGCCCCUUAGUCCCCGUCCCCUAUCCUGUCUGAGUUUCAUUCUGCUUCUCUCGUCUUUUUCUUUCCUUCUUAUGGCUUCCGUAUUUAUUGCAGAAAUCCAUCUGCCUCUAGACUGACUGGUGAGACUAAUCGCGUAAUAGGUAUGGGCGUGUCAUCGACGAUAACAGAGAAAUGAUUGGAUUUUCCUUCGAUACCCCG